ACUAGGUGGCGCGGACGCACUUCCGCCAGUCUGUGUUUUGGUAAACAAGGAUAUUUUUUUCUCCCGCCACGGCCGCGAAAAUAACCUUUCUCGAGCGAGACGACGUUGAAAUAUUAAUUAAAUAACGACAUCGAAGUGAGUUUCGAGUUGGACCAGAUCUGUGAGCCAGGGGUGUGAAGGGGCUGAGGGAUCUGUUGGAGGGAUCGACUCCCGAGCGAUCCUUUAUGUGUGGAUCCGCAGCGCAUGGUCUGCCCCCCCCAGGAACAAGCAGCUCUCCGCAGGGUCCCCGUGUUUCUCCAGACGGCUUAACAGUCCAUCGGAUGACGGUCAGCUAACCCACGAAGCCCCACCGUGAAAACCCCACUAUCCGGGUGAAGACCCCACUAUCCGACAUGGUGAAGCUGACCAAGGCCAAGACCUUCCAGGCCUACCUGGACUCCUGCCACCGUCGCUACAGCUGUGUCCACUGCCGCGCACACCUGGCCAACCAUGACGACCUCAUCUCCAAGUCUUUCCAGGGGAGCCAGGGACGAGCCUACCUCUUCAACUCUGUCGUGAACGUGGGCUGCGGGGCGGCCGAGGAGAGACUGCUGCUGACGGGGCUCCACGCUGUGGCCGACAUCUACUGUGAGAACUGUCACACCACCCUGGGCUGGAAAUACGAGCAAGCCUUCGAGCUGAGCCAGAAGUACAAGGAGGGGAAGUUCAUCAUCGAGCUGUCCCACAUGAUCAAGGACAACGGCUGGGACUGAGGGCGGGGCCGCGGGGAGGCACGCCUCUCGCCCCCUCAAAGCUCCACCCCUUUCGACCUUAAAAAAGGGUUUCAGUGUCGCUUCAUCAGCAGCUCCGCCCUCAAGCCGGCGCUCGCGCCAUGCCCCGCCCCCUUUCCCCUCCUACAGCUUUCCCGAGAGUAGCAUGUGAUGCGAGAUAUAUCUCUAUAUAUAUAUACCCUUUCACCGUCCAUGUGUAUUGUAUAGUCCAACGACCACCGGAGCACAUUUGCUUGUCUUGACCUAAUUCAAUAGUAUCGCUGGGACCGGGAACCACGUGGAGGCCAGUGAGAGAAAGACCGGGUGAUGGAGACACACACACACACACGGUGUGUGUGUGUGUGUGCGUGCGUGUAUGCAUGUGUGUGUGCGCGUGCGUGUAGAGUGGAUAGUCUCACUCUGCUGGGAGUGACGUCAUCUAAGGAUUUAAAACAUUGAAUCAUUUAAUCUUCGUACAAGCUGGAUUCGAACGCAGGCUUAGCUUUUGUUAUUUAGCAGGUGCGCUUGGUGGUGCACCUCUUCAAAGCCCGCUGGGCGGAUGUCGGAUCCACCUGGGCGACCGUGAGCAGGUUCACGGAAUAUUCUGUCGAUUCUCCUUCUUUCUUUUUGCAUUGCUGUUUUGUAAUCAAUUUUUUAAAUCAAAGUGUAUCAAAGGAAUGUUAAACGUUGAGGUCUCUGCUGCGGCUGAGCCGACAUGGAUGGUAAGGGUCGUCUGCCCGCGGGAGACCUAGUAGAAUGAAGUGUUGUCCGCUGCAGCAGGGAACACGCUCACAGCCUCCUCUGGGGGACAUCGAAAAUAGAACUCUUUUACUCUUGUGUUGAUGUUGUCAAUCAUAAGUCAUGUGAGUUACAUAACAUGGAGAGCAUUCACCUGAUUAUGUUAAAUCGGUAAGACUGCAAAUGUUUGGACUUUAGCAUAUUUAUGUUGAUUUUUAAUGUCGGCUACAUUCAUUAAAGUGGAUAUUUUAACCAA